AUGUGUUCCUCUCAGACCGACUUUUCCAUGAGGAAGAUUCUCGGUAUAGAUGGCAACCAAACAGGCAUUAACCUUGCGCAGAACUCCAGGAAACGGAAGCGACGUACGAGGACCAUAUUCUCCCCUCAAGCUGUCUCCAUUCUUGAACUUGCUUUCUCUCAGAACUCUUACCCGGAUAUGUACGAGCGUUCCAAGUUGGCGGGAAUCAUAGGGGAGGAAGAAGCUCGAGUCCAGGUUUGGUUCCAAAACCGCCGAGCUCGUGCCAAAAGGACCAGGCAGACAGCGAUCGAUUCCUCGUCUACAGACUUCUCUAGUGAUUCUCUCUCCUCGUCAACUUCCUCUAGCAACGCAUCCUUUUCACCCGUCCAAAGAGCCACGAUAAAGCCGGAGCCGGAAUACCAUACCUCGGACUUCGGACCUUACCAGCCAUUCCCGUACUUCUACCCAAUCAACUUGUUGCCCAACGCCGUCUCCAAUCCUCCGAAAUCAUUUGAGGUUCCCAGUUACCAUGCGGACACACUUCUCGGGGAGUUGAGGUCGCCUCUGUGGUCACCAGGAAGCCCAACAUUCAGCAAACUGUUCGAGUUCCCGCCUAAAGCUCAUACACCGAUUUCUGACGCCCGGCCCCGCGCGUUUCCGCACCACGUGCACACUGACGAAGAAAUCUCCUCUCGAUCAUCGAGCGUCGACAGCGGUCAAUCCCGUCCUGAUGACGUCACCUGUGCAUCCGCGGGCAGGACUCUUCAUUAUAUUUGCGAUCGGGAUUUCCGUCGUUCAGAGAGACGUUCUGUUGAGGAAGAUAGCCAGCUUGUGAUAGGCGAGAUCGACAACACCGAUGACGAGGAAGCAUUGGUGAUGGAUUUGACUGUACGUACCCCAAAUUCCAAGAUGGCUGCCGGUCAUCAUGGAGAUCAAUGA